AGCACAUGGCUUUGUACAGUGUGGAAUCAUCAGUUCUCCUCAAAAUCACCCGUUUACUCGGUCAAUAAUCAAAUUCAGACAAUAAAAUGAUGAUUGCCCAGAUGAAUGUUAUCUAAAGAUUGUAAAACAAAAUAAAGAUGAAGUUUAGUUACAGGUUUUCAAACCUUCUUGGAACUGUGUAUCGCAAGGGUAAUCUCAGCUUCACACCAGAUGGAAACAGUGUUGUCAGCCCUGUCGGAAACAGAAUCAGCAUAUUUGAUCUGAAGAGCAACAAGUCGGAAACUUUAUCUGCGGAAAGUUCAUACAACAUCACUGCCGUUGGUUUGUCUCCAGAUGGCUCAAUACUCAUCGCAGUCAAUGAAGAGGGUGAGGCCCUGUUGUGUAGCCUGAUCAGCAAGACUGUUCUUCAUUCUUAUCACUUCCAUGGACGUGUCAGUGCAGUCAGUUUCAGUCCCGAUGCUAAGAAAUUUGCAGUUGCCAAAGAUAAUGAAAUCCUCGUGUUCCAUGCCCCUGGGAAAACAAAGGAGUUCAACCCCUUCCUUCCGUACAAGAAGUUCUAUGGUGCUUAUGAUGAAACAGUAUCGAUUGAUUGGACAACGGAUUCACAAGCAUUUGUUGUUGGAAGCAAAGACAUGAACAGCCGAGUGUAUGGCUCGCAGCGCUUUGAGAAUCUGAUUGUGUAUUCUGUUGGUGGUCAUAGCCAGGCGAUGGUUGGUGCUUUCUUUGAAGAGAAUUCUCUCGACUUCUAUUCAAUAUGUGAGCGAGGUACAGUGUGUGCAUGGGACUGUGAUACAGACUUGAGCGACCUGCGGCCGUACACAGAGAAAGAAGUGGCAGAGUCCUCUGAUGAGGAAGGAGAUGAGGAAAACAAUAAACAGAAAAAGAAGGAAAGUCAAGAGAAUGAAGAGAAGCAGAAAGGUCUACCAGGUGGCAUCCGGUACCGGAAACAUUCCAAACACAACUACCGAGAAGCGCGUGGAGAUGGCUCUGCCUUUGCCAAGGUGGCCAGUGUCGCUUUCCAUAAGAGGAGUCACAUCCUGGUCACUGGGUUUGACGAUGGUGGUUUCUUCAUUCACGAGAUGCCCGACUUCAACCUUAUUCAUUCACUCACGAUAUCUGACCAGAGUAUAACGUCCAUCACAUUCAACAACACUGGAGACUGGAUUGCCCUUGGAUGUUCCGGCCUUGGUCAGCUGUUGGUGUGGGAGUGGCAGAGCGAGUCGUACAUCCUCAAACAGCAGGGUCACUUCAACAACAUGUCCUGCCUCGAGUAUUCACCUGAUGGCCAGUAUAUAGCCACUGGAGGUGAUGACGGAAAGGUUAAAGUUUGGAACACGAGCAGUGGCUUCUGUUUUGUGACAUUCUCCGAGCACGCUGGGGGUAUAACUGGGGUCACCUUCAACCAGAAUGGCAAGGUAGUUGCCUCCGCUUCAAUGGAUGGAACAGUCAGAGCUUUUGAUUUGAACAGAUAUCGUAAUUUCCGUACGUUCACAUCACCAAGGCCAGCCCAGUUUUCAUGCCUUGCUCUUGACCAUAGUGGUGACAUCGUGUGUGCCGGAGGAAUGGACGUGUUUGAGAUAUUCGUGUGGUCCAUGCAGACAGGAAGGCUUCUCGAGGUCUUGGCUGGUCACGAAGGUCCAGUUAGUUCACUGAUGUUCAGUUCAUCACAGGCUCUCCUAGCCAGUGCAUCCUGGGACAAGACAAUCAAAUUAUGGGAUAUAUUUGAAAACAAAGGUGCUCGGGAAACGCUGACAUUCCUCUCUGAUGUCUUGGCGGUCGCCUACAGACCAGAUGGUAAUGAGAUCGCCGUGGCAACACUCGAUGCUCAGGUCACAUUUUGGGAUGUGCGCUCUGCCUCUCAGACCGGGACUAUAGAAGGCAGGCAUGACAUGGGCUACAGUAGAAAAGAUACGGAUAAGAUUACAGCCAAGAAGUCUGCAUUUGGAAAAGCUUUUACAACGUUAUGUUACACGGCAGAUGGGAAAUGUAUCUUGGCUGGUGGUCGCUCCAAGAAUGUCUGUAUUUACUCUGUGGAGGACAAACUCCUCGUCAAAAAAUUUGAGAUUUCCAAGAAUCUUUCCUUUGAUGGAACUGAGGCGUAUCUCGACCGGCGGAAGAUGACCAAGUGGGGUAACCUUGACCUUGUCGAUACAGAAGUGGAGGAUAAAUCUAUUUCGCUGCCUGGCGUAAAGAAGGGAGACAUGAGCUCUAGACAUUGGAAACCGGAGGUCAGGGUGUCUGGUGUUCAGUUCUCACCAACAGGACGAGCAUGGGCUGCCACCACCACCGAGGGCCUACUGAUCUAUUCCUUAGACCACAACCUGGUGUUCGACCCCUUUGAGCUGGAGAUGGAUAUCACACCAGCGAACCUACAGAAGACACUAAUGGAGGGCAGUUAUUCUACAGCACUGAUGCUGGCAUUCAGGCUGAAUGAGCAGAGACUGAUACAGGAGGUGGUUGAGACCAUUCCUGUCUCUGAUAUUGCUGUUGUUGGCCAGUCAAUACCUGACGUCUACAUCAACAAACUAUUGAGCUUCAUCGCCAGCCAGAUGGAGUCUUCGCCUCAUAUUGAGUUCUACCUCACAUGGGCUCAGAAGCUCCUCUACAUGCAUGGGCCAAAACUGAAACAACGCUCACAAUCCAUCAUGGCCAUCCUGAGGUCCCUGCUGAAGGUCAUCACACGCAGAUAUGAAGAUAUUGGCAAAAUCUGUGACCACAAUAAGUACAACCUCCAGUUCAUCCUCGCCUUGUCUCAGACGCAGAAGAAAAGAAAGUCUGAAGAGGAGUUGGAGAAGGAAGAAGAGGAGGAACCAUCCGAUGCAGAGGUUGAUGAAAUCAUGGGCCGACUCAUGGAAAGUGAGGGGGACGAUGAAUCGGUUCAUUCUUUGGUACUCUCAUGACAAUAGAAAUAUGUUGCUCCAGAACUGAACUGCAUUUGAAGGAUAUUUCAAGGGACUUCAUUCUUGACUCUGGGCUCACUUUACAAAUGUGAAAACUCGAUGAAGGGUGAUGGAGUCAUGCAUUUAUUGUACGAAAUAAAAUGUUUUCUUUUCA